AUGGCUUACCCAUACAUCGACACCCCGCGCACCGAAGUCGACGGGAACGCGACUUACCUAACGAAUGGCUUUCGCAGCGUCGGACGGCACAAUCUAUCGGCCCUCGACUCCGUCGAAAACUCAUUCCAGACACCCUCAAAAGAUGAGGAUGUUCUCAAGGUUCUCGGCGACGGGCGCAGACGUAGCUCUGCAGGAUCGAAGCUCAACACACCCCGGGCGACUGGCGGCCCGAAGUCCACGAGGAGCGCGUUAAAUUCACGGCAGCAGCUGCCUACGGCGGGUGUGAAGGGUGAAUUCACCCCAAUGCUGAAGAGCGCCAUGAAAAAUAAUCACAUGAAAAAUAUGUCAACAACGCGAGGAGGGCCUAGCGCGCCGAAGACCCCAUCUUAUCUGAAGCCAGGUUAUCGGAGUAAUGGAAACACGCCCGGAUUACCUGGAGUGGAUAUGACGGGUAUUGAUGAGGAAGACGCGACGGUCGAGGACCCGACACCUGUCCCGCAAGUAGCUAGCAGCAGUGUCCAGGGGACGCCGCUCCCGGGGCUUACUAGCAGAGACGGAAACAUCCUCGGCGAUGGGAAUAAUAUGACGUUAAAAGAACAAGAACAGAUAAUCGAUAAACUUGACAAGGACAACUUCGGGCUCAAAUUGAAGAUCCACUUCCUCCAACAACAAUUAGAAAAGGCCGGACCGGCUUACAGCCAUACAGCGCUCCUGGAGAAUACAGAACUCAAGGUCUCGAAAUUGACGAUGCAACGCGAUAUCUCACGGUAUAAGAAGGGUCUCCAACAAGCCGAACGCGACCUAGAAGCCUACCGCCAACAGUUUCAAGAGAUGAGUGAAAAGAUGCGCAGAAGAUUUACAGACGAAACUGUACAACGUGAGUUGAAGUCGAUGCGAGAGGAACUCGAUAGCAGGGACGAGCACGUGAGGGAACUCCAAGAGCAACUGAGGGAAGCAAAGGGCUCGCAGUCGGAGGAAAUUGACAAGCUUCGAGAUGACAUCGAGGACUUGGAAAUGUCCCUCAGGGAGAAAGACCGGACAAUUGAGGAGCGCGAGGAAGAGAUCGAGGAACUGAAAGACAAAGACGGCCAAGAAAAUGAUGCACUGUCUGAGUUGGAAUCGGAGCUUCGACGAGCUAAGGAGCAGCUAGAGGAGUUGCAGGACUCUCUUGACCAUGCGAAGUCGGAAGCCAUCGAAGCACGAACCUCUGAACAGCAGGUCUUGGAGGAGAAGGAACGAGCCGAGGAGAACCUACAGGAGCUGCAGGAUGAGAUGGCAAACAAAUCUUUCAGCACUAAGGGUCUUGCCCGUCAGUUGGAAGAGGAAGUGAAGGAGCUCCGCCAGAAGAACAACGAGCUCAACGAAGAACUCGAAUCAGGAGCUCAACGAAUGACUAGCCUUGAAGAACAAUCUCAGAAGUCUCGCCAAAACACGGACGACGAACAACAGAGAUUAUUAGAAGAGCUCGGUCAAAUAAGACGAGAGCGUGAGCUGGCCUGCCAUGAACGAGGCAACCUAAACGCUCAGCUUCAUGAAGCGCAAGAUGAAAUUCAACGCAGGAGCGAUGAAAAGGCCCUCCUUCAUACUCGACAUCACGCCCUGACGGACGAGUCCGGGAAUCUGCAAAGCGAACUUGCUAAAGCGCAGUCUAUAAUCCGCGAGCUCCAGGAGUCACUCGACGCCGAGAAACAUAACGCCACGGAAGACGCGGAGAAUGUGCGCUCCCAGUACUUGGAAGAUAUUGAGCGAUUGCAAGAAGAGAUAGAGUCCCUUCACCACGAAAUCGAAGAUAAAGAAGGACAUUUCGCUCUUGAGCAAGACAGAUGGGAGAGCAUGAGGCGCAACCUACAAGUUCAAAAGGACAGGGCGGAAGACCAAGCUGCAGGUUUCAAGCGGACUAUCGAGAAGCUCGAACAAGUGGAGCACACGCUGACAGGAAAAGAGUCUAAACUGCAAGACGUCAUCGAUAGCGAGAAAGCGAGGCAUUUUAAUGCUGAAGCCGUUCUUGGUCGACAAGUGAAAGAAUUAAAUGACGACCUGUCUGCGAAGCGAGAAGUGAUCGACCAGAUCCGGCAUGAGUUACUUUCUGUCAAAGAGGAGCUUCGCCUAUCGAGACGCGCGGAAGCGACACUCAAGGAAAGAGUACAGUCUCUCGAGGAUGAGGUGGUUGUUCUCCAGUCAAACCUGGAGGAAGAACAAGAAUACGCCAAAGAACGCACAGAGAAAGGACCCUCUGAACAGGAUGGCCAAGUGCAGAAGAUACUUGCUGAUAAGCAGAAGCUUCGCGAUCAACUGGCCAACGCACACGUUGAGUUACAUGACUUGAGAACAACAAAGGUUGAGAUCAAGACGGAACGCGAUGAGCUCCAAGCACAGCUAGAUCAAGCCCAGAAUCAAGUGGGCGACGUGACCAAGUUUGAUAAGGAAAAGGUUGAGCUUCGAAAAACAUCACUUCGGCUAGAAAACGAACUUAAGAGGCUCAAAGAAGACAAAAUGUCGCUCCUGGAGACCAAAGACUCCCUUGAGAACCAACUGGGAGGUGAAAUUGAACGAGCUGCUCUGGAAGAGAACCGUUUGUCUGCCGAGAUCGACCAGCUCCAUGACAAACUACAGUCGGCCUCCGGUGGAAAAGAACGAGAAUUGGCGUUGGCUAAAGGCAAACUGCAGCGAUUCGAGAGGCGUAUUCAUGAGCUGGAAGAGCUUCUCGAGCAACAGCCCCCUGCGGACUACGAGCAGUCAGCCAGCGCAGCAGAUCUAUCGGUUCUGCGUCAUAGCCUGGAUGAAGUGCGGAAGCGAGAGAAGGCAUUGAUUCAGCGCGAAGCCGGCCAGAAGGCUUCUAUCCGUGCUUACAAGUCGAAGGUUGUAGAGCUCGAGAGGGAACUGCAUGAUGCAACGAUCAAAAAGCUCGACAGCCAAUCCCCUUCGUCCUCACCCGCUAGUAAAUUGCACGAAGAGGUUCGGUCUCUUAGGAAGCAGCUCUCAGACGCGCAUCGUGCUUUGAGGGAACUGAAAUCAAAGACCCAUAGUCUCGAACGAGCUGCAAUGCGGGAGGAGGACCAGCGUGACCUGCACGAGCUACUUAAACAAUCUACCUUGGAGGCUGAAUCUUUGGCCCUCCAAGUCUCCGAGAAAGAAGCCCAGUUGAACGACACCGAAGCUAGGACCCGCAGAAUCCGUGAAGAACGUGCAUCCUACGCUCGCAAGGCUAACGCAGCAAUCAAAGAGCUCGAUUCUCUUCAAGACCGUUACAAGCAGGCCAUGGAGAAGGCAGGAACCAAGGGAGAGAACAGGACCAAGCACGAAAAGGAGAUGCUCGGCCUAGGCAAGGAAAUCCUCUGGCUCCGCGCCCGACUCAAGAGGGAGCAGAAGUUCCGUUGUGACCUGGCGUGGAGUAAGGGCCUGAUGGAGCUCGGGGAGCGUGUUCGCGUUGCUUGCAAUGAAGCCGACCUCCGCAUGAUCUCCGAGAUGGGCGUCAAGCCCCGUGAUCGCAACAAUGCCCGCACUCCAACCGAGAAGCUCAAGACGGCUGUUUCCAUGGUCAAGGCCAUCGUUCGAAUGCAGAAGAUGGGCCGCGAGUGGAAGAAGACGACAAAGCUAGGCGAGGGCCUUAAGCGGGCUAAGAAUGAAGUUAUGAAGAGGAGGGAGAGGGAGUCAUUAAAGGCAUAG